CUUAAUUUUUUUAAAGUAACAAUGAUUUGUUCGCUCAAAGUCUGCUAAACGUAUGAAUAUUGUAUCCUUCUUCACACAGGAAGGGGUGUAUGCCUGCCCUGUAUUUGUUAUGUGCAAAACUGAUUUAUGCAGUGCAGCCGGUCUAAAAGACUAAGACAUCAGUGGCACUUCUUAGACAUUUGCAGGGUUUGAAUUCUUAAACUUUGGCAUAGGCAUACAGUUAUCUACCAUUUGAGCUACAAUAACUACCAGCAGGAGAAAGCUAUCAUCUGAGGGCACAACACAUGUGUAUGUGAACACCUGCAUCUAGAGAGUGGCUCAGGGGAUCCUGGACUGCAUCUUUGCCCACAUCCUCCCAAGAGGACAGAACAAGAUGGAUGAAGAAACUGACAUGACAACCUAUGAUUAUUAUACUGGCUCAGAACCAUGCCAAAAAGCUGAUGUCAAAAAAUUUGCAUCCCUGUUUCUGCCACCACUUUAUUCUUUGGUGCUGAUAUUUGGCCUGCUGGGCAAUGCGCUAGUUGUGCUGAUCCUGAUAAAAUACAAGAAGCUGAGAAGCAUGACUGACAUCUAUCUGCUGAAUCUGGCAAUUUCCGAUUUGCUUUUUAUUCUUUCCCUGCCAUUUUGGGCUUACUACGUAGCACAUGAAUGGGAUUUUGGAAAUGCAAUGUGUAAAAUUCUUUCAGGGGUCUAUUAUGCUGGCUUCUAUAGUGGAAUGUUUUUCAUAAUACUUUUGACAAUAGAUAGAUAUCUGGCCAUUGUCCAUGCAGUGUUUGCUUUAAAGGCUAGGACAGUUACCUAUGGCAUCCUCACAAGUGUUGUCACUUGGGUUGUUGCAAUAUUAGCCUCUCUUCCAGGGUUUAUAUUUCACAAAGCUCAGAGAGAGUCAUCUCACUUUACAUGUAGCCCUCAUUAUCCAUUGGGACAGGAAAGUAAAUGGAAGCAAUUCCAGACUUUAAAGAUGAACAUCCUGGGACUUGUCGUUCCACUGGUCAUUAUGAUCUUUUGCUAUGCCGAGAUUAUAAAAACAUUACUGAGAUGUAGGAAUGAGAAAAAACAUAAGGCAGUCAGGCUUAUUUUUAUCAUAAUGAUUGUUUAUUUUCUUUUCUGGGCACCAUAUAACAUCAUUAUUCUCAUAUACACGUUUCAAGAUUCAUUUUCCCUAAAUACCUGUGAGGGCAGCAGUCAGCUGGAGAUAGCAAUCCAAGUGACAGAAGCGAUUGCAAUGAUCCACUGUUGUAUCAACCCCGUGAUCUAUGCCUUCGCUGGUGAAAAGUUUAGGAAAUAUCUUUAUACCUUUUUCCGAAACCGCAUUGCAAUCCAUUUAUGUAAAUAUUGCCCAUUUCUCUAUGCUGAGGCACCUGACCGAGUUAGUUCCACAUACACCCCAUCUACGGGGGAGCAGGAAUUCUCAGCUGCAUUGUGAAGGGUGUCUAAGAAAAAAGUUACAUUCACUUUUGUGGAAACA